AUGAAGAAAAGAAGCUUUUCCGGCAAUGCUGGUGUUGGUGUCUUUAUCGUUGCUUUCGUGUGUGUUUGCGUUGCAUUCGGUACACCAGCAUGGUUAGUUAGUGAUUAUCGUAUCACUGGCGCGAAACUUGACAAAUUAGGGCUGUGGACGCAUUGCUUUAGAUCAUUGCCAAAUCCUCAAGAAAUGGACGCUCCGAAACGGUUUUUCGUUGGCUGUAGAUGGGUCUAUGAUCCUUUCACUGCAGGAUAUUCUGACAUUCGUGGUUUUCUUCUACCUCCAUUUAUGAUAGCAACACAGUUUUUCUUUACUCUAUGCUUCCUACUGAGCCUUGUUUCGUUUGCAUUGAUAUUACUGUUCACCCUAUGCUGUGAUCCAGAACAAAAACGUUAUGUACAACUUAUUAUGACAAUUGGAGGGCUAAUGCUUCUUGGUGGCAUAAGUGGUGCAUUGGCAGUAAUCAUAUUUGCCUGUUUGGGAAAUACUCAAGGUUGGAUGCCAGGACAUACAAAUAAUUUCUUUGGUUGGUCCUUUGGAAUGGCAGCUGUGGGUAGUGUACUGACUAUCAUAACAGGUGCAUUAUUCCUUGUUGAAGCAAAUGUUCAACGUAAAAAACGAGAGUAUUUGAAAGAAUCUCAAACAAGAUUCCAGCUUGAAUCUCGUACAUGAGUAGAGUAUCUUUAUUAUAAGACUU